AUGAAGAUUACCAUCACCCGAUAUUCAAUCUCAAAGAAGGAGAAUGAGAAUGAUAAGCAAUAUGUGUUGUAUCAUAUUACUGUAAAUUAUGAUGGAGUUAUUUGGGAAAUUGCGAGAAGGUAUUCCGAAUUUGAAAAGUUAUAUAUUGCCUUGUCGAAAGUGAUUAAUACUAAAAAGUUUGGCAAAUUUCCAAAGAAGGAAGUUUUGGAAUUCUUUGAGGUCAAUAAGCAUUGGGAAGAAAUUAAGAAUUUUGCAGCUCUUGCCUCUACUUCUAGUAGUUCAAAUAUUGCCCCACCUGUGGUUUAUAACAUUGAUAAUAAUAAUAAUUUGAAAAUCACAAUUGACCAUAAUUUAGAACAUUUAGUUUAUAAUGUUAUUGAUUCACCAACUGUUGCUUAUCAAGAAACCGAUUUUGAUGAAGCUCCUCCAGUUGUUGUUGGUCAACCAUCGAGACAGAGUGUUGAAUCGAGACCAUCUACUGAAAAAUCAGAAUCAUCCCUUCAGGAAUUUAACACACAAUCUCUAUUUGUAGCCAUUCGUGAUCACAAUCCAAAAGAUGAAACUGAAUUGUCUUUCAAAGCGGGAGAUGUCAUUGAAGUGAUUCAGAGAGGAUCUUGUUCUUGUUCGGAACAAGAUUGUUACUGGUAUGGAAGAAAUACAAGUGAAACAGGUUCACAACAAGGGUUCUUUGAUGCCAGAUGUUUGGAUUUGGGCACUUUUAAACCAAAAGCAUUCUCUGUUUUAAUGACUGAUGCUUACAAUUCUGAUGAGUCGAUACAAAUUGAUGGAACAAUCAAGGUUAUUGAAAUUGACUAUGAAGCUGAACGUGAGGAUGAAAUUAGUGUAAGAAGAGGACAAACUGUUAAAAUCCUUCCAACUUCAAGACAAACUAGAAAGGGAUGGAAAUUAGUUGAGAUUCUCUCUGAAUCAUGUCAAAGAGUUUCUGAAACUGGCUUCAUUCCAACAGAAUAUUUAAUGAUUCUUUAA